UCCAAAACAAGUACGCGCCCACAACCAUGAGCCGAAAGAGACUGCACUGUUUCACAGAAGUUAGCCUCUCCCCUGACCCUCAAAACGCUUUCAUGGACACUACGGGUCCCCCUUCCCGGAUCGACGAGGAUUUCUCCGAAUUUGAGCCGGACGAGGAGUUGCUGAGCUCGAUGAGCGACAUCACGGAGCACCUCGGGAGGAACAUCUCUGUGGUACUGGAGGCAGCGCUGUCCGAAAUCAGGAAGAUGGUCAGCGUCAGGAUUCGGGUGCUUAAAAUGGAGCUUCGGGAGAAAACAGACGAAAUCGAGGUUUUAAAGGCACGGCUGGAGACGGUGGAGAGAGAAGGGAGAGACCAGUUACCUGGAUCGGCGGCCGCGGAGGCGGCGGCUGCGUUUAGGAAAUCCGAUUUUCAUCCGGGUAAUAAAUACAACAGUGACCCCAAGAAAGCAAAACCAGGCGCCCCCGGGAUCAAAAAGGAGAAUAUCGAUGCGAUCUGUGACUAUCUGAUGAAAGAUAAGAACUCGAGGAGUGGUGCUGAACUGGAUAGCGACCAGAGCAUCCCGCCGUCAGACAGAGACAGUCGCCUCGAUCCGCAGUCGCACAGCUCGGUCAACCUGUGGACGGACAGUGGGAUCAAUAGCGGAGGCCCAGGGGAUGGGGAGACAGACACCACUCCCGAGGACAUAUUUAGCAUGCUACCGUCGGGUAGCAAACGAAUAUAUGACUACGAAUGGAUAACGGGAGUGGAGUAUCCGCCAGAUCUGAAAGGUGGGAGGGAGCCAAAAUGUGAGGGUAGCGCGCCAACAGAUGGAGAUGAGGUAGCGGAGGAUGAAUCAGAGGGAAGGAGGGGCGUGCUAGGCCACUCCCCAGCCCCUGCAGACCACACCCACACCCCGGAGUUUGCCACAGAGCAGCACGGUUCACCUGGAGGGGAGGGUGCUUCUAUAAUGGAAGAGCACACAGAGAGGGUGGACACAGGUCAGCAGUUUUCUGCCCACACGUACCUCUGCCCUCUCUGCGGAACCUUCUGUCCCGAUGCCUUGUUUCUGGAGGAGCACUUGAAAAUGAUGCACAGAGACAGCGCUGCGCACUCGCUGCAGUCCACUUCCAGCCCAGCUGCUCCUCUGGGUGAGGGGAGCGGGGCCCCCAGGAGGUGCGGGGGCGAGGAGCGGGGAGCAGGACGGGGGGUACGGGAGAAGAAGGUGGAGGGCGGCUACGAGUGCGGCGACUGCGGCCGGCACUUCAACUACCUGGGCAACCUGCGGCAGCACCAGCGCAUCCACACGGGGGAGAAGCCCUUCGUGUGCCCGGAGUGCGGGGAGCGUUUCCGCCACGCGGCCCGGCUCAAGAGCCACCGCCUGGGCCACAGCGGCGCCCAGAGCCCCUUCCCCUGCCCCCAGUGCGGGAAGGGCUUCCCCGUGCUGUCGGGGCUGAAGCGGCACCAGCGGGUGCACACGGGCGAGAGCCCCUAUGCCUGCCCGCAGUGCGGCCGCCGCUUCAAGGAGCUGGGCAACCUCUAUACCCACCAGCGCAUCCACAGCGGUGCCACGCCUUACCGCUGCCAGCAGUGCAGUCGCAGCUUCCGCCACCUGGGCACCUACAAGAGCCACCGCUGCACCCCCGCCCAGUGACCCCCCCCUCUCCAACCCUGCCCCACGCGUGCUGUUAGACUGCC